CUUUCUACUUGCUUGCUAUUUCUCGUGAGCCUUGAAUUGUUGUUGUUGUUGUUGUUGAGGUGAAAUUAGGGAUAUCGUUGCUGAAUUGCCGGGGAGCGGCAUGGCUACGGUCGCACUGGGACAACAGGCUGGGCCUGCGAGCUCAGCCAUCACCUCGUCGUUCGCUUGCUCUUUGCACCGGGCCUCGCUACGCUGUGUUUCGGUGCCAUGCUUCACACAAGGCGUUGCCUGCGCGGGGAGUGCCCUGUGGGGCCUUGCGUUGCGGCUUGAAGUGGAGAAGCAGAGGAGUCAGGGUGUCGUUUCUAAUGCUGGCAGGCUGCGUGCCCUUGCUAACGAGGCCGACGCUGUGGUCGACAGUGAGUCGGGUCGUGGGUGUCGUGUAAUUCAUGGAAAAUGCUUCGUCGUCGGGGAUAACAUAGAUACGGACCAGAUUAUCCCUGCUGAGUACCUUACUCUGGUACCAUCAAAACCUGAGGAGUACGAGAAGCUUGGCAGUUACGCUAUGAUUGGACUCCCUGCGCAAUGGGGCAAAUUCAUCGAAGAUGGAGCAAUGAAGACCGAGUACAAGGUCAUUAUUGGUGGUGGCAAUUUUGGAUGCGGGUCCUCCAGGGAGCAUGCCCCAGUGGCCUUGGGUGCUGCCGGUUGUCGUGCUGUGGUUGCCGAAUCUUAUGCAAGGAUUUUUUUCCGGAAUUCAGUAGCUACAGGGGAGCUGUACCCAGUUGAGACCAAUGGGAAGAUUUGGGAAGAGAACCACACUGGAGAUAUUGUGACCUUGGAUAUGGAUAAUGAUGUUUUGGUGAAUCACAGCACUGGAAAGCAAUACCACUUAAAGCCUAUUGGCGAAGCGGGACCAGUAAUCGAUGCCGGUGGCAUCUUCUCUUAUGCGAGAAGUACUGGCAUGAUUGCAUCGACAGCACAGUAGGUGCUUACAUUCGAGUAAUUUGAAGUGUGCCUCACCUUUGGCUUCAUCUGAUUGCACCAGUAGUUAUCUUUAGUCCUCAUGCUUCUGUCGUAUAAGCUCGACUAAAAUUUUGGAUUCGCGUUUAAUAUUUGAGUUCGUUUAAUGCUGAAGUUGUUUAGAGAUGGUGGUUUACAAGGAUCAUACGUUGUUAAGAAUCCCUUUCCUCUAACAAGAGGCAUAUGACGGAUCUUUUGAGUUCAAGUUUCACCCGCAUCCUAUUCUGGAGCAUAGUUCGCUUUCACCGAAAAAAGUUAUUGCGGUUCUGGAUUUUUAAAUAUAUAGUUCAGGACUGUUGCACUUAU